AUGUGCCAUUGCCAAGUUACAAAAUGGCCAAUGGUGAUGGAUCUUCAACGCGUUUUGAUGGAAUGCCACACGGACCUUGACUUCUGGCAUACAUUAGUUUCUGGAAGAUCCAUGAUGACGUUGGCUGGGACGUACCGGAAUAGACGGAGUAUGCUACGUGGUAGAUGUUCUCCUCACACGGCGAGUACGCUAGACUCUACGGAGCAGCAGGACGAAUAG